AGAAUAAGUUGAGGAUAAAGUAACCGGAGAGUAAACAGCUAGCUAUCUAGCUGGGACUGCUACUAGGACAUGCUGGAAACUUUGCAGUUUUGUAAUCAGUCCACCAAAGAUUCAGUUUGCAUUCCAACAUCUGCAUUGUCUAACAUUUAUUUUUUAUUCAGUCAUCUUUCAGCUAAUGUUACUGCGUUUAUAACAAAUGAGAUGAGAGUAAAUUUCCUACACGAAUCUCUCGCUGCGAUAUUCUGGCUAGCUGUGAUAACUAGUCACUAGCUAGACAGGUAGCUAGGUCUAUUAAUAGAUAAUUUCUCAGCUAUAUCGGUGGUGUUUCUCGUUCACGGGACACUUUUGCACAUUUAAUUAAAUUCCAACACUUUUAUAGCAAUAAUGAUGGAAGAUAGUUUACACGUGGAUCAUUGCAAACAGAGACAAAGCUCACCUGCUUUACGAAAUCGGAAACAAUGUAUGGCAACGGUGGCGAAGAGGGACUGUCCCCACAUCGAGCCUGUGCUACCUGAAGCCCGCAAAGCGCACAGAAUGUGUAACACUAGUAGAGCGGCCUUUAACGGAACCUCUCAAAAGAUGUGCAGACGGUGGAAGCGUUAUUGUCAUAGUGACGAUGUACCGAAAUAUCAUCUGCUUUUGGUGGUAGUUCUUUCGCUGUGCACACGAUUUUACAAGAUCACAGAGCCUGCACAUAUAUGCUGGGAUGAGACUCAUUUUGGGAAAAUGGGAAGCUAUUAUAUUAAUCGCACGUUUUUCUUUGACGUCCACCCACCGCUCGGAAAGAUGCUGAUUGGACUGGCUGGAUACCUGACAGGCUAUGAUGGUACCUUUCCUUUCAUCAAACCAGGGGAUAAAUAUGAGCAUCAUAACUACUGGGGAAUGAGAGGGUUCUGUGCAGCCCUUGGUUCUUUCCUGCCUGCCUUUGCAUUCCUGGUGGUGCUGGAGCUAUCACAUUCUACUCUGGCUGCACUCAUUGCAGCCUCCAUGAUCAUUUUUGACACUGGGUGCAUUACUCUCUCCCAGUACAUCUUGCUGGACCCCAUCCUCCUGUUUUUUAUCAUGGGAGCUGUACUUAGCAUGGUCAAAUUCAACCAACAGAGGCUCAGGCCCUUCAGCUGGUCUUGGUGGCUCUGGCUAAUUCUGACGGGGGUUAACCUCUCUGGCUCUCUGGGGGUGAAGUUUGUGGGGCUGUUUGUCAUCUUAUUAGUGGGCAUCAAAACUGCAUGGGACCUCUGGAAACUACUGGGGGACCUCCAUCUCUCUAUGGUGGAUUUUGUCAAGCACUUGUCUGCCCGGAUCUUUGGAUUGAUAAUGCUCCCCUUGUUCCUCUAUACUACAGUAUUUGCCAUCCAUUUUGUCAUUUUAAACAGAAGUGGUCCAGGCGAUGGUUUCUUCAGCUCAGCUUUCCAGUCCCGCCUGAUUGGAAACAACCUGCACAGUGCCACCAUGCCAGAAUACUUGGCUUAUGGCUCCAUAAUAACGGUGAAGAACCUGCGUAUAGCUGGAGGAUACUUACAUUCUCACUGGCACCUUUAUCCAGAGGGGGUUGGUGCACACCAGCAGCAGGUUACUGCCUACCUGCACAAAGACUACAACAACUUGUGGCUGGUUAAAAGGCCUGACAAUGAUGACUACUCUGAUACUCCUGAGCUUCUCCGACAUGGUGACAUCAUUCGGCUGGAGCACAAAGAGAGCAUGCGAAACCUACACAGUCACUUCCAUGAGGCGCCAUUGACCAAGAAGCACCUGCAGGUCACAGGCUAUGGUAUUAAUGGCACCGGAGAUCCUAAUGACUUGUGGCAGGUGGAAGUGUGCGGUGGGAAGCAGGGAGACCCAGUUAAGGUACUGCGUAGCAAAGUACGCUUCCUGCAUCAUGCCACCGGCUGUGUGUUAUACUCCUCGGGGAAGACCCUGCCAAAGUGGGGCUGGGAACAAGUGGAGGUCUCAUGUAGUCCAUAUUUAAAGGAAACUCCCAGCUCCCAGUGGAACAUUGAGGAUCACAUCAAUCCCAAGUUGCCCAACAUUAGUUUGUGUGUCCUCAAGCCAUCCUUUUUGGAGAUCUUGCUGGAAUCUCAUAUUGUCAUGAUCAGGGGCAACAGUGGCCUGAAACCUAAGGACAAUGAGGUCAGCUCUAAACCUUGGCAUUGGCCUAUCAACUAUCAGGGUUUGAGAUUUUCUGGGGUGAAUGAGACAGAAUACCGCGUGUAUCUAUUGGGGAACCCUGUGAUUUGGUGGCUGAACCUGUUCGCGCUGGGUCUGUUUGUUGUAAUGGCGAUGGGGUGCUCUUUGACCUUACAGAGAGGCAUUAAGUUAGAGGGAGAUAGGAAAGCACACAGUCAGAUUCUUAUGGAGGGCGGAGGGUUGCUUUUCUUGGGCUGGCUGAUACACUACCUGCCCUUCUACACCAUGGGCCGCAUCCUCUACUAUCACCACUACUUCCCUGCAAUGCUGUUUAGCAGUAUGCUUACAGGAAUAACACUGGACACAUUUCUACACAAUACUGACCUCCUGUUUAGUCCAGCUGUUGCAAAGUGUAUAUUGAGAGGAUCUCUGACACUUCUCCUAUUUGGAGUCCUCUACAGUUUCUACCUCUUUCAUCCGCUGUCCUAUGGCAUGAGCGGCCCACUGGCUCAUGACCCCACCUCUUCCAUGUCUGGACUCAGAUGGUUGGACUCCUGGGAAUUUUAGAGCAUUUUGAAGGGGGGAGCUUCUUUGACUGUUAAGAUUCUAAAAUUAGGUGUCAAGUUACAUUUCAGCGUAUUUUGAAGACCUUUUGAGUGCUACACUACACAAGAUUUUGCUUUGCAACAUAUUUUGUAAAAUGGUAGAACUGUCCACAUCAUUUGGUUUUAUUAGUUACAGGUAGAUUAUAUUUUCUUUCUCUUGCAGUAGAGGAAAUUUCAAUUAAAAUGUGAUCAGUAUUGUAAAACAUGACUGACAUCAUUAUUUACAAAGAUACUUGGAUGUACUUUAACAUUAUUAGUUUGACUUAGAAACACAACCAGAAGACACAAAGUGCCUUUUAGGUAAUAAUUUUAAAGAGCAUUAUGAAUAACGUGUGAUGAGCAAUUAGCCCAAUAAACUGUGGGAAGCUGAUAGUCUUGGUUUUGAAAAUAGUGUUUUAAAUGUCACUGCCUUUUGGAACUUGUACCUUCUUAUUAAAAGUUCUAAUCCCCAUGUUGGUGACUUGCUUAGUUAUGGAUUCUAGAGUUCUAGCCACAAAUAGCAAUAGAGGUUAUAUGUCCUGCUUGUUUAAUGUCUUAGGAUUGGUAUUACGCAGACCAUUUUACAUCAUUGUAAACAAUAAAUAUUUUUA